AUGAAUGAUACGCACUCAGAUGAUGUGCAAAACAGUGCCAAUAGCAGUGCACACAGUAGUACAUGCGGCACUGUGCCUCUUGACCGUUUUGUCACCGACACCGACAGUAUUCAUUCUCUUGAAUAUCAACCUGUAGAUUGUGCAGAUGGCCGUGAAUGGCCAUGGGUUGAUCCAUGGACAGGCAAGAAAGGAUCAGAAUGUGAAACAGUGCUUCCAACAGCAGCAAAAAGUACAAAAAAUGAAGAUGCUUCAGUAUUGGCAGAAGAAUUCCUUACAGAGGAGGAAAAACGUGGGAUUCUACAGAGUGCAUUUAUCCGUGCAGCAAGUCAUGGAGAUGUUGAGCGUAUAGAGUCAAUGUUACACGGAAAGGCGCGUGAAUAUAUUGAUUUGGAUGGGAGAGAUGAGAGUGGAGGAACAGCAAUUAUUUUUGCAGCAUGUUAUGGACACCAGAGCGUGGUAGAGGCGCUGCUGGAGGCGGGCGCAGAUAUUCAUGUUCAGGACAAAGUAAAAUGGUCGCCUUUGAUGUGGGCAAUGAACAAUCAUCAUAGUAAUAUUGUAAAGCUGUUACUAGCACAUGGAGCGUCUCUUGACAAUAUAGAUGUAUCAACAAUAGAGCCAUCAGCAGUUCAUAGCACAUCGGAUACAGGAAACCACGAUUGGUAUAAUGAAGGCAGUGUAGAACAGUUUGAGGCACAUAUGGAAGAGUGUGAGCUGCAACGAAGGAUGGAUAUGGAGUCAUCACUUGGAAUAGAAAUGGAUCUUGCAAGUUUUGGCUUAGAAGAGGGUUUAGAAGGGGGUUUAGGAAUAGAACAAGGUGAACGAGGAUUAAUAGAAGAUGAUUUUGUAUGGAAUAAGUGUUUGCCUGAGCAAAUGUAUGUUUUUUCAGAGGACCAUAUUCCGUGUAUUUUGGAUAUGGUAAUUACUGAUUUUGAGCCAUUGAGGUCGGUAGAUCAGAAGGUUUUUCCAGCAGAUGUGAUUUUUCUCUCGAUACGGUUUGCCCAUUAUUAUGGGACGAAUGACAUGCUUAACAAAUUGUUGUACGGUACGUUGGAACGUGUUCAGGGACUUAUGAAACAUAAAUCAGAUGAUAUGGCGAUUUUAGCAUUUUGGAUUUCGAAUUGUACACUUCUUUUAUAUUAUGUUAAGAAAGACCCAGGUCUUUUAGUAGCAGUGAUUGAUUUUCAGUUACAAUUAACCGAGCUUAUUCAUGAGAUUUACUUGUCUUUUAUACAAGAAAGUAAGACGCGUAUUGAAAAACAUUUAGAUGAUUCUAUUAUUGAUUAUGAAACAAUUUCCGCACAUGAGAAUGUGACGUUUGAAAAUGAGUGGCGUAUCUUUCGCCGACAAAAGAAAAAGGACGCUGCGAAUUCUUACUUUUUGCACGAAAAACAUGCUACACCAUCUCCUUUAUUGAUUACGAUUCUUCUUUCGUCUAUAUUUUUUAUCCUUGACGUGUAUAAUGUCCACCCUGUUAUUUUUAAACAGGCUAUUAGUCAAAUAUUUUAUUGGCUAAGCAUGGAGCUUUUUAAUCGCAUUAUUAUGAAAAAAGCGUGUCUUUCUCGUACCAAAGCUAUGGAUAUUCGUCUUAAUAUUUCAGUUAUUGAGGAUUGGACUAGAGUGAACAGUUAUCAAUUUGAAAAUGGGAUUAAUACAAGGUCUUCAAGAUUAGAAUACAAAUCUUUCAGUAUGUAUGACUGUCUAAAGAAUCAUAUGGCCCCUUUAAUACAAUUACUUCAAUGGCUUCAAUGCAUCACUUCAUUAAAUAGUAUUCAAAAUAUCGAAACAACUAUAGGGGCUUUAGAUUUAUUAACAUCUGCCCAAUUAUUAUAUGUGGUUAAAAAUUAUCGAUUAGAAGUAGAUGAAAAUAAAAUAGGGAAGGAGAUUGUACGAUAUCUUUCUCAACAAGUAACGAAAAAUACGAAUGCCCGAAGAGAGUCUUUGAAAAAAAUCAAAAACAAAACUAUAGAUGCAUCGAGUACCCCUAGAUCCUUUUUAAACAAAGAAAAACCUGGAUGUUCAAAUCUUCUUAUGGAUGCUACAUUGAUGCUUCCAUUUACUCUCCCUACAAAUAUAGAUCUUUUAGUUAAUUAUGGCACUAAGGUUAUUGAAGUUAAUAAGAAAAAGCAAAAAUAUUUUGUACCAGUAAUACCAUCUGAUUUCAUGGAUAUGUUAAACAAAAAAGUUAAUAAUAGUAAUAAUGAAAAUCAACAAACAAAAACUUCUGAUAAUACAAAAUCUGAUAAUGAAAUACAAAAUACUGAAUCAACCAAAAACAAGUCCUCGGAAACAUUUAAAGAUACAGCAUCAUAA